AUGACUGGGCUACUUCAGCGGGGCCUGGGGAUCGGCCUGGUUCGGCUGCCCCGACGCGCGGGGCUUUUUUUGCCCCAGGCGGGGGGGGCGCUCGCGCGGAUUUUCCGCUUUCACGGCCAAACGGGCGAUCGCGCGCGGCCGAUUUCGGUCGAAUUUAUUUUGCCCGACGGCGCCGUCCGGGCGGUCGUCGCGUACGAAGGCCAAACCCUCCUCGACGUCGCCGCGGAGCAUGAGCUGCCGGUGGAGGGCGCCUGCGCGGGCUCCUGCGCGUGCUCGACCUGCCAUGUUUACCUCGAGGACGAGGACGCCAUGGAGACUUUCCCCGAGGCCACGGACGAGGAGAAUGAUAUGCUCGACCUCGCCUUUUUCCCCCAACCAAACUCCCGCCUGGGCUGCCAACUUCGCCUCGUGCAGGCUAAACAUCAGGGCCUCCGCGUGCGGCUCCCUAAGGCCACGCGAAACCUCUACGUCGAUGGGGCAAGAGUCGCCCCGCACUAA